AGCUAGCUAGCUGGAGCUGAGGUUAGAAACAGAAAGGGAAAGAUUGUGUGCUGGAGUCCUGCGGUGACGGUGCAGUAGGCUACACGGUUAUUGUUUCUUUUCCAAAUAGGUUCUUGGUUUUUAGCUGUAGUAUCAAAAGAAGGACAUCAUCUUUACUCGGCAAACCAGUCAUUGACUGUUGUCUGAAGACGAGAUUGGACUCAUCAGGUUUUCAAGCCCUGCAACAAAAGACGAAAAGCCUGCUUCUAAGGGACUGGCUGUCCUGUUUACCGUUAGUCAGCUGAAGAUAAUAGCUGCCUAACGUGUUUAGAACGGCAUUUAGUAACAUCGGAUCGUGUGUCUUUCAGUGCAGACAGAAUGACGUCUAGGAAGAAAGUUCUACUCAAAGUGAUCAUCCUGGGAGACUCUGGAGUGGGGAAGACCUCUCUGAUGAAUCAAUAUGUGAAUAAGAAGUUUAGCAAUCAGUACAAAGCAACAAUAGGAGCUGAUUUCUUGACAAAAGAGGUGAUGGUGGAUGACCGACUCGUCACAAUGCAGAUUUGGGAUACUGCAGGCCAGGAACGAUUCCAGUCCCUAGGAGUAGCAUUCUACCGCGGUGCAGACUGCUGCGUUCUGGUGUUCGAUGUGACCGCUCCAAACACUUUUAAGACCCUAGACAGCUGGAGAGACGAGUUCUUGAUUCAGGCCAGCCCACGUGAUCCAGAGAACUUCCCCUUUGUGGUGCUUGGCAACAAGAUAGACCUUGAGAACAGACAGGUGACGACUAAGCGAGCACAGGCAUGGUGUCAGAGCAAGAACAACAUCCCCUACUUUGAGACGAGCGCUAAGGAAGCCAUUAAUGUGGAACAAGCCUUCCAAACCAUAGCACGCAAUGCCCUUAAGCAGGAAACAGAGGUGGAGCUGUACAAUGAGUUCCCUGAGCCUAUCAAACUGGACAGAAACGAGCGGGCCAAGCCAUCAGCGGAGACAUGCAGCUGCUGAGAAUCCUGGAACCCUUGGUGGUGGGGGGCUCUGUUGUAGACUCCCCCGCCCCGUCCCCCCUCCCCACACCCUCUCUGGCCUUGUCUCUCCCCUCUGCCACCCCCACACAAUCUCUCUCUCCUUACCCUGACCCCCACACCCACUUUCCCCCAAUAUUAUAACUGGCCUUUGUAGAGCAAGCAGGCUUCCUCUCGUAGAGUACACCGUACAUGUUAAUGCACUCACAUUCAUAUACUCAAAGACACUUAAACUCAAGAGGCUAACAUGUAAGCUCGAAGACCACCAAAAUAAGUCAAAACCUUUUUGGUAAAUAUGUGUGUGAUUAUCUUUAAAAAAAAAAAUAAUAAUAGCCCUUUUAACCCUGCUCUGUCACAACUCUGGACACCUGUUUUGUUUAGUUCUUUUUCCUGCCCUUCUCUAUGUGUAAAGCUCACGUCCCUGCAACACUUGAAAGGGGGUUAGGGACUUCCUCAUUGAUUUGCUCCCAAACUGUACACAUGGAGAAUUGAGAUGUGAAGGAUAUGUAAUUUAUCUCCGUACGUGAGCUGAGGAGGUUACAAGUGUAUCUACAUGUAUAGCCACCUCUACAGCUCUUAAAACAUACAUGGAGGCUAGCAUGAGUCGUUUCAGUGGUGAACCGGGCGGCAAGAUUGGGGAAAGAAGCCUGAAAGCUUUUAAUUUCUGCACUUUGUUGACUUGUAAACCUUUACAAAGCACCUCAUUUGCAGCCUAUACCGAGAUAGAAACUACCAUUUCAGUUCAAACUUAAGGUUAGAGGUAUGGAUUUAAAACACUGCCCCGAUUACUGACAAGUACUGACCUGCUUUAUCCCUAUGUAAAAGCGCCCUACCUUUUUAAAGCUUUUUUCAUUGGUUUCAUUCUCAUGACUCAUCAGUGAAUGAACAGGUCUACCACACGUAGCUGACCAGUCACAAAUUCCCUGACUAAUUGGGUGGUGUUUUUUUUUUUUUUUUGUCAUAUGAUUUCAAACAUUAAAGACACGUGUUUGGUCAUUUGAACAUGGCUUGUGAAAAGGCUUUUUAAAAGGUGCCCUGGUCUGUCAUCCAAUGCCAUACGAAGCUGUACCUGUAGAUGAACCCUGAGUAAGAAGGAACUAAUCAAACACCCCAAUCAAAUAGCCAAUCACAUGUCAGGGAGGAAAGCAAAAUGUUUUUUUCUUUGUGUAUGAAUACGACUCACUACUACUACUACUACUACUACUAGUACUAGUACUACUAUGACAAUUAGUACUUCUAUAUUGUCUACUUUUUUAUUGUCUACUUUCAUGUCGUAAGAGUUUGUAUAACUGCAAAUCUGUUUGUUUGUCGAUCUGUGGCAAAGGCCAAAGGCCUCGGUCUUACCAUAUCUCACUUUGUGUCUGCCGGUAGCUCAGGUUGGCAAAGAAUUUAAGUGCUUGAUAUCACUCGGAUCUUUUACUGUCUGUUCAUACAUUAUUAUUAUUAUUAUUAUUGUUGUUAUUAUUAUUAUUGAAAAUUUUGACUUGCAUUACAUAGACAAACACAGAACUCGAUAAAAGAUGGGGAAAAUGUUCAAGCAUUCAUCAUUGAAAUUAAUUAAACCAUACAUGCACAGCA